CGCCCGGUUACGUCCAUUCCAAGAAAAUCUAAACCGGGAAAACCUGCUGGAGUGGAAACUGUAUAUAAAGGGUGUGAAGUGCGCCAUUUUCCAUUUUCAACCUCAUUUUUGUCUCAGUGCUGCAUCGUUGUCAUUGGCAUUCAUAGCUUUCCGUGUAUAGUGCAGAGCCUAGAGAAGCCCUUAUUUUUAACCCAUUUUGUGAACAAAGCUCAGGGUUUUGUUGAUUGUAUUGAUGCCCAAUUUAAAGUGAUUGAUUGGGCAGUUGCUUUUGGGACUGAGAUGGUUAUGUAUGAACUUUUAGACGGCAGUCAUGAACAUUCGGGUGUCAUGCAGUGGGGCCUUCGACUUCUUGAUGGUGAUCCAAUCAAUUCUGGUUAUUACGGGCAGAUAACACAUCAUACUGCUGAUGACGUUUAUAAUGGGCACUAUCAAGAGCAUUAUGAUACAGAUGGUAGCCUUUUGGAGAAUGAUGAGGCUAUUGCACGUACGCUUCAAGAAGAAUUUUUGCAGCUGACAGUGUCAGAAGCGUCUGGAUAUUCACAUGCAAGAGAAGAGAACUAUCAAGAGUCAAAUCUUGAACAUGAUUGGCAUAGUCCAUCACCAAUGAACUACUAUUAUUCAGACCACAAUUAUGGCCAGGAAGAAGCUGACGAUGCAGAGCCUUCCACUUCAUAUACUAGCACUGGUGAUAGAGAGGAGUAUUCUGAUUCUUUGGAGCCAACCAAUGAAUUUGCACUUGAUGAUGAAGUAGGCAGGAGACUCGAUCAAAUGAUCCCUAUUCCUCAUGUUCCUAGGAUCAAUGGAGAAAUUCCUUCAAUUGAUGUAGUGACUUCAGAUCAUCAAAGGCUUCUUGACAGAUUGCAGAUGUAUAACUUUGUAGAGCAUAAGGUUCAAGGAGAUGGUAAUUGUCAGUUCCGUGCUUUAUCAGAUCAAUUACAUCACACACCUGACAACCACAACUUUGUAAGGCAACAGGUCGUGAGUCAGCUUAGAUCUCACUCAGAGAAUUAUGAGGGAUAUGUUCCCAUGGAGUAUGAUGACUAUUUGGAGAAGAUGUCCAAGAGCGGUGAGUGGGGUGAUCAUGUCACAUUGCAAGCAGCUGCAGAUUUUUAUGGUGUGAAAAUUUUUGUUAUGACAUCUUUUAAGGAUACCUCUUACAUAGAGAUUCUUCCAAAUACCCAGAAGCCAAAUCGAGCUAUUUUCUUGAGCUUUUGGGCCGAGGUGCAUUACAACUCAAUCUAUCCUCCUGAAGGAGAUGUGUCCACAAACGAGUUUAGAAAGAGGAGAAGGUGGUGGAUGUUCCGGAAUAAGCAUUAGGAGAUUUCUGGGUGGCAUGGGGCACACAUCCCCCAUUUUCUUGUGGCUGCCAAGUUCUCAUACUUCCUCGAUACUCAUCUGUGUUAAAUUAUGCCAUAUGAUCAUGAAAGUCGAGUCGCACGUUGAAUGAGUGAAUUAUGAAGGCAUAUAUAUGUCAAAGUCCUACAAUGGUUGUAAACUAGAUGAGAUUUGGUUAUAUAUAAGUGAUUUUAUAGAGCUUCAAUUGUAAUUUCGGCCUAGUCAUUUUUGAAUAUAGUACAAAUGUGGCUGACGCUUUUAUAAGUUGUGACAAUGGUAUGAGAGUCAAUGUAAUAAUGGCACGUGGCAUCGGAGCCAAGAAUUGUAAGCUUUAAUUUGUAACUGUUGAUUAAUUCUUGUGCCAUUUCCACAAUCAUAUGAUAUCUCUAAUGCAUAUAUAUUUUUAGAAUUGUUUGCUCGUGA